AUGUCGCAAACUAUCGGCAAGACUCGUCUUGCCUACUCGCGCGCAUGGCACCACGUCGACGUAGGCACCGACUCGCGCAGUCUCGGUCGCGUGGCCUCCUCCAUUGCCCUAUUCCUCAUGGGCAAGCAUAAACCCAUUUACGACCCGUCCACCGAUUGCGGCGACUACGUUGUGGCCGUAGGAUGCCACGACCUGCGCACCACCGGCAAGAAACGCUUCCAGAAGAAGUACUACACACACACCACCCGUCCCGGCAGUCUGCGCAGUAUGACCAUGGACAAGAUGUUUGAGAAAUGGGGUGGUGGCGAGGUCCUUCGUCGUGCUGUCCGGGGCAUGUUACCGAAGAAUCGUCUGCGGGAGAAGAGAUUGGCGAGAUUGAAGACAUUUGAGGGCGUUGCUCAUCCCUACAAAGAGAAUAUUAUCAAGUUCGGAAACCAGUCCGUUAUUGGAGAUUUCCCGGAUGUGCAGCUGGCAUUCAAAGGGGAGGCUAAGUCCUCGGCUUGA